AUGACCAUCGCUUUCCAGAUUUUCUUGGCUAUCGCCGCCGCUGCACCUUCCAGUUACAAGCCGGAAAACAAAGCUCCCAGUUACCCCGCACCAGCUUACCCUGCACCAGUCUACCCUAUCCCAAGAUACAACAAGGAUAACAAAUACGCAGAUAUCACUAUCACCAGCCAAUCUGACGAGCGAAACCUCCACGGCAGCAGCCAAUGGAGCUUUACUCAGUCUCAGGUCCAGAAGAAGAUGCAAGGAGUCACCUAUGAUUCUUACGGCAAAGAAUCGUACGGCCAGAAAUUCCCCUUGACGUGGAUUGCUGAUGAUGCCGGAUUCCAGCCCAAGGGUGACCAUUUGCCAGUCGCUCCCGUCCACGUCUACGAGCUCCCAGUUGCUCCUGUUCACGAAUACGAACUUCCAGUUGCCCCUGCUCUCCCUUAUGCGCGUACCGGACUCGGCUAUUAA